GCCGGAAUUGUGCUUCGAGCCGGCGGGUGAAGGAGAACCUAUGCCUUUCUUCUUAACAGACACGAUAGAUACCUUGCUCGAGUCCGCCACGAAGGAUAGCAUAUCUAUCGCGGAAAAUGCUAAUAAAACUGCCGACCGCUCUACUUUGCUUCGGCCUAGCCGUUUGCGUGAAUUCAGACGAGACAGCUCCAAGAAUUAAGAUUCCCUUGGGAGGACUGAAAGGUUAUUACAAAACAUCGCAGAAUGGUAGACGGUAUGAGGCGUACGAAGGAAUUCCUUACGCGUUACCACCUGUCGGCGAACUGAGAUUUAAGCCUCCCCAACGCACGACACCAUGGGUUGGCGAAUUACCAGCUACAAAAUUCAGUUCCCCGUGUAUUCAACGCACUCAAAUACCAUAUGAUCCCAUGGAGAGAGUCGAAGGUGCAGAAGACUGCCUGUACCUGAAUAUUUAUGUGCCGGUACGGGAAAAAUCCCAAAAUAAAACUCCACUACCGGUACUUUUCUGGAUCCACGGUGGCGCCUUUCAAUUUGGAGCCGGCAUGAUGACGGGCGCAAAAUAUCUCAUGGAUCACGACGUUAUACUUGUCACGAUUAAUUAUCGUUUGGGACCAUUGGGUUUCCUGAGCACGGAAGAUGACGUAGUUCCCGGCAAUAUGGGUUUAAAAGAUCAAAGUAUGGCACUACGUUGGGUAUCGGAGAACAUUGAGUCGUUCGGUGGUGAUUCAAAACGAAUAACAUUGAGCGGCAUGAGUGCUGGCGGUGCAAGCGUACAUUAUCAUUAUUUAUCGCGUAUGAGCGCCGGUCUCUUCCAAGGGGGAAUAUCGAUUAGCGGUACAGCUUUCCUCUGUUGGACACAAACUGAGAAUGCUUCGGAGAAAGCCAAAAAAAUGGGUGCGUUGAUGGGAUGCUCUACAACUAACACGAGAGAUAUGAUAGACUGUUUGAGACAACGUCCUGCCCAUGUUAUCGUAGAAGACGCCAGUGAAUUUAUGACGUUCUUUUACAAUCCUUUUACUCCCUUUGGGCCGGUGCCAGAGAAGUUUGGCGAUUCUCCUUUCAUAGAUAGGAAACCUGUCGAAAUUGUAAACAGUGGGGAUGUACAGGACAUACCCUGGAUUACAAGUGUAGUGAGCGAAGAAGGACUUUAUCCUGUAGCCGAGUUUAUUUAUGACGAUUCUUAUCUGAAACAAUUGAACGACAACUGGGACGUUAUCGGUCCAGAAUUCCUUGAUUUUAAUUACACCAUUCCACGAGAGAAACAUGUCGAAACUGUUCGUCGUGUCAAAAAACAUUAUUUCGGGGCAAAGUCAAUAGACAGGGCAAAUACGGAAGCAUUGAUCAAAAUGGCGGGGGAUCGCUUCUUUGUGGUUGACAGCGAAAAAGCCGCACGUAUGCAGGCCAGGGUAAAUCAGAAUCCAGUCUGGUAUUAUUAUUACUCGUACAAAAGUAUGCACAGCUUGAGCGACAUUCUUGCCGGCAAAAAGAUAGACGAUUACGGAGUCUCUCAUGGUGACGAUGUGUUCCUCAUAUUAGACACUGCCUGGAUAGAUCCAACGAUAAAAAAGGAAGAUAAUGAUAUGCAACGAAUCUUGAUCGAUAUUUGGGUAUCAUUCGCUACAAAUGGAAUCCCGAAAGUUCCCGGUGUUAAAUGGCCCAGAUUGGACCCCACUAAGAAGGAACUUAAUUAUCUACAUAUUGAGAGUCCCACUAAAAUUAAUAUGGACAGUUGUGCUAACUUGGGAGAAAAGGAGUUCUGGAAUUCGAUCAAUUUCAAUGAGAAUAAGUUGAGACAUACACCCCCAAAUAAAGAAGAAUUUUGAAUCUCUCAUGAACCAAUAAUAAUGACCGUAUAUAUAUUCAUUAUUUCUUAUAUAUAUUAUAUAUAUUCAUUAUUUCUUAUAAAUCUUUAAUAAAAUAUAUUCAUUGCAGCUGUGC